AUGGCGGGUAGUUCGGGAGAGCAGACCAUCUCCUCGACAUCUAUCAUCCGUGGUCGGCCCACCAGCGAACAUGACAUCGUUGGUUGCUUCGAUGAGGAGUCUUGCCGUUACUUCCUUCGUGAAGUCGGCAGCAAGGUUGUCCCAUUCUAUCCUUUCACCUUUGGCAUGGAGGAAGUCUACAGCUUGAUUGUCGAAGAAUACGGACUUGCUGGAAUUCCCGAUGCCACCAGUGUCUUGCAGGAUCUUCUCGAGAAUGAACGUACAGCUGGUGGACUGGGUGAUGACGGCGAUAUUUGGCGCUCAUGGCGGCACAGCUGGCGGCACAGAAAUGACGACUCUCUCAACCCUUUCAUUCCCAAAAUUAGCAGCUUUGUUUUGAAACCUCCCACCUCUCCCCGAACACGAAUCUUCAAGUCGGAAAAUUUUCUUCGUACAAUUGAUGAACAGUGGUACCGAGACGAAGCUUUGAACCAGAUCACCGCAGCUUCUGAUGGCACAGCAACCGGGCAGGGUCCUGCGGGAUACUCCCAGUUCGCCAAGCUUACAUGCACCCAUCAGCGUCUUAGAACUGCAGUCGAGACGACCGAAGGUUCGCAUUCACAAGCAACCAGAAAGCAUGAAUCCUCGGGUUCUACCAAAGCUUGGAGUCGAUCUUCUUCCUUUCGAUCGAGUCUGUUCGGCCGUCAGUCGUCGACACCGCUGCGAGCAAAAGCAUCCAGCAAAUCGUUUCUGAAACAGAGCUCGAGUUUUGCCGGCUCUCGUCAAUCGGAUCUCAACCUGAACGCAUCGCCGUCUUUACCAACCGAAGAGCGUCGACCUGUGACGUUCGUGCCCACCAUUCAAUUCUCUUCCCCGAGAUCUCCAUUGGUCCCUUUGAAGGAGCGGAAGCGCCUCGAUGUCAUCAACAGCGACGCUUCUAACUCAUUCCAAGCCGAAGAGGAUGUGCAGCCUGACAGUGCGAUGUCCCUGAAUAACAUCCAGAUGGAUUCAUCUGUUUUGAUGGCGUAUGAAACGUUGACAGGAGAAGAACCGUUCUCAGCAGAACAAAUGCCCUACUUGAGAGGCGGAGGUGAGGCAGAUAUUGCAGCUUCAGUUCAAGUGAACAAAUCAAUGACGCGAUGCCCAACAAUUCCUCUACCUGCAUCUUUGUCCCUCCCUACGUCAGAUAUCACUACAGCCCUGCGCGGUGCUGACGAUACCACCAUAUCAGACUAUAGCCACAUUGACUUCGCAUCCAUGGCUGGCCAGUCACCCGAAGAGACAUCCAACACAUCGGCUCGCAAAAAUCAUGCAGCGGUCAUCGCAUCUCCGGCCCUCUCCCCCGGGACCAAGAUUCAUGCUAGAAAUCGAGAUCUGCACGAAGAAAUACCAGGCGCUAAUGUGUUGCGAGCCAUUAAUCGAGAAGCCAGGUUGAUCGACGGACAGUUUUGUAAUCCCCGAAUUUGGAAGCGUCUCUCCUCGCAACCAUGGGAACUUCAUGACCAAAGCUUGGUGCUGGAAGAUGUUAAGCCCGUGUCGGUCCGCCAAAGCUGGGCCUCCUCAAAACCAAAGCGUGAUUCUCGCAUCAGUCUGCUCCGAGGGCUUCGUGGAGUAUUCCGGAAAGAAUCCCUCCCAAAUCAAGAGCCUUCGGCGGUGAAGACUGAAGAAGGUGAAGAUCAGCUGCAGCCAAGGAACACACCAAGUCUGCCCUUCAGCGGCAACUUCAUUUCCCCAGGUCGUGUUAAGAAGCAACAAGCUAAUCACGCAUUGGGCCUUGACGGUGCAGCUGAUGAGAUGUCGUCACCGUCGAUAUCUCUCUCCCCAGAUGUUAACAAAGCCCUUCCGCUUAGCCCAGGAGAACUUGCUCGCGCAUUGUCUCAGCACAAGCCUUUGCGAAGAACCUCAACAGACUCUCAAAGUCGCCUGUCAGCUCUUUUCUCUGUAGCAGGAUUGCAUCGAUCCAGCAGCUAUCGAGGAUCUGGGGAUAGGUCUCAUUAUACACUGAGCCAACACCGUAUAUCAGCUCCCUUUUCGUCACCAUCUAGACGACGUGGACCACGCCACGCAAGAACGAAGACAGAGCCCAUCAGAUCGUUCUCUGCGCAGUUCUCGCCCAUAUCCUACUCGACUAUUGCAUAUUCAAAUCCGUUCACCUCAGACAAGGUUGAUCUGUCACCUGUUCGACCUCCUUCCCCGCUGUUCGCGAGAAGUGGCCCACAGGACGCUUUCCCCGGACCUACGGACUCUUCAGCACAAAAUCCAGACAUCGACCGUAGCCCUGGAGCCAAUAACGCAGGUGCCAUGUACGCCUGGUCACCAGCUCCAGUCGGUCAAACCCCUGACAAGCCGUCAGUGCCAGCACAAAAUCCAAUUGUCCGGUCACCGGUUUCAGUCGAUUCAACCCCGGAAAAGCCCUCAGUGCCAGCACGAAACCCAUUCGCCUGGUCACCCCCUCCAAUCGGUCCAACCCCUAAGAAACCAUCAGUGCCACUACAAUACCCAUUUGUUUGGUCACCUGCUCCAGUUGAAAAGCCGUCAAUGUCAGCACAUGGUCCACACGAAUGUUCGUCUUCUCCAGUCGGUCCAACUCGGGAAAAGCCAUCAGUGCCAGCACCAGGCCCAAACCUCGAGCAAAGCCCUGCGUUCAAGAGCCCAGAUAUCGCUCAUAGCUAUUCACCUGGUCUAGCCACGGAAAAGCCACCGGCGCCGAAUACCCCUAAGCGGUCGAUCAAGGCAUUCUUUGGCCGCAGCAAGAGCCCGAGCAAACGCUCGGUUUCACCCACUCCCCGGAUGAUCCAGCCGAUUCUCAUGAUAGCUGAGCAAGAUACCACUAAGAAAGAUAUCCAACAAGGCACUCCUGCAAAUUCCACGGCAUCUCAAGCAAAAGGUGUUUUCCACAUCCGACUCGACGAACGCAGCAUUGAAGGCGCACCCAAGAACCGAGCUAUUUCCCUCGACCCGCCUAGUCAGAGCGUCCUCCAGGCCGACCUCGACCUCAUGCUAGUGACUUCCGCCAACGAGUACCUCCUGCGCGAAGCAACCUCCCAGCAUUUGAACGCCGACGUCGUCAAACUUGAAAAGCAGAAAUGGGCUGCCCGCGGACACUUACCCGUCAUCGACUUCCAGUACGAUAGUACCACCCAGUGCUCCAUUGUUUCGACGAAUAUCACGUCACUCCGUUUCCAUGGCAUUCCCAAGGAGAAUAGGCUCGCCUUUGUGAAGACUGUCAUUGCCGCAUGGCAUAGUGUGACACAACUCCUCAGCCAGCGCGUCUACUGCCAUCCGGACGUGUCUCUUCGAAAUAUCUUACACGAUGCAUCCAAAGUUUUGGACCUUUUAGGUGCUCCGGAGGAGACGAUCUUGGGAUUUCAUGAUUUGCAGAUCAGAGCGUUGGCGCAGAUGAACCGAGUUCGACGAUUGCGAGAGGAGGAGGCAUCAAGGAAUGGAUGA